AUGGCGACCGACCUCCGCACGUUCACCAUCGCCUCGCGCGCGUCGGAGCUGGCGCAGGUCCAGACCAACAUCGUCCGCGAUGCGCUCGCGAAGCUCUACCCGGAGCACGCCUUCGCGACGUCCUUCAUGACCACCGGCGGAGACCACAACCAGUCCCAGGCGAUCUACCUCAUCGGCGGGAAGGAGAUGUGGACGAAGGAGCUCGAAGUCGCUCUCCGCGAGGGCGCGGUCGACAUGCUCGUCCACUCGUACAAGGACGUCCCGACCGCACUCCCCGCGGGCUGCGCGAUCGCGGGCGUGCUCGAGCGCGAAAACCCCGUGGACUCGCUCAUUGUGAAGGAGGGGCUGUCGUAUAAGAGUCUAGAGGAGUUGCCGGACGGGAGCGUGGUCGGGACGAGCAGCGUGCGCCGCGUCGCGCAGCUGAAGAGGCGGUUCCCGAAACUCGUUUUCCAGGACGUUCGCGGCAAUCUAAACACACGCAUGAAAAAGCUCGACGCCCCCGACUCCCCCUUCGCCGCGAUCAUCCUCGCCAAGGCCGGCAUGGUCCGCCUCGGCUGGGGCGCGCGCAUCACCCGCGACCUCGCGCCCCCGCUCCUCCUCCCCGCCGUCUCCCAGGGCGCGCUCGCGAUCGAGGUCCGCGCGGACGACGCCGCCGCGCGCGCGCUCUGCGCCGCGAUCUCGCACUGGCCGACCGCGUGGGCGUGCGCGGCGGAGCGCGCGUGCCUGCGCGUGCUCGAGGGCGGCUGCUCCGUGCCCGUCGGGGUGCACAGCGCGCUCGCGGAGGCGGCGGGCGCGGACGGGAGGAAGGGGGGCAGGAUGAGCCUGACGGGCGCGGUGACGAGCCUGGAGGGGGAGCGGCACGUGGAGCACACGGAGAGCGGGGAGGUGUGGUCGGAGGAGGAGGCGGAGGCGUUGGGGGCGCGGCUGGCGGGGGUGCUGAUGGGCGCGGGGGCGAAGGCGAUCUUGGAGGACAUCGCGGCGGACAAGGCGAGGCGGGUGAAGGAGGCGGAGGCGGCGGAGGCGACGGUCUAG